AGAUUUUUUUUUUGACAUGACAUUUAGUAUUGAGGUUAGAUUUUCACAAAACUUCCCGAAAACAAUAAUAUAAACAAGAGCUUUUAGGAUUAUAAAUUCAAUGGAAACAUCAGAAGAAGAGCCGAGUGUGGAAACUCUGAAAGAAUUAGGUAAUAAAGCAGUGAAAGAAAACAAGUUCCAGGAGGCGAUCUUGCACUAUACUCACGCAAUCAAAUUAGAGGGUGAAAAUUACACGUUGUACAGCAACAGAUCUCUAGCUUUCUUAAAAAUAAAGCAGUAUUAUUUCGCUAUCGACGAUGCUCGAGAAACAAUCAACUUAAACCCUGCAUGGCCUAAAGGAUAUUUCCGUAAAGGAGAAGUAGAGUUUGCUACUGGACAUUACAAUGAUGCUUAUGAAUCGUAUAAAGCUGCACUUAAACUAAAGCCCGAUGAUAUAAUUAUUCUGGAAGCUUUGAAUCGGGCUGCGAAAGAACUGAUAAGACAAACAGAAAAUGAAAGGAAAGUACCAUGGGUUGGUGCAGGAGUUGGGAUUGUGAUAGGAGUUACCAUAUUUAUAGCUGAUUGUUUAUUAACAAUGAAACCAACACAUCCUAUACUUAUGGCAGUUGUAACAAUCAUGAUAUCGUUAAUAGGGUAUGGAAUAGCUAAAUCUUAUAGAGGAUAUGUCAAGAAUCAAAGAGCAGGUUUAUUAGAACCACCUCCUGAUCUAAAUAAGGAAGAGGAAGAAGAAAAAUCUAUUCCCGAAGAAAAGGAAGUUAAAAGAACCCCAAGAUAUUCCAGAUCUCAGGCUAGAUUGAGAUAUAAAAAAGGAAAAUUAUAGAUUAUAAAUGUGUUAGUACAAAUUUAGAUUUCAGCAAGUCAUUCCUAUUUUACAUUUUUCUUUUUUGAACUUUUUUUGUUCUGGGAGUAUUUGUACAUGGAUAGAAAAAUAUACCUUUAAUAUUUUAGUAGCUAAGUCCAAAUGCUGAACAAUUAUGUUAUCAAUUGCAUGUUAUUAGUAUUAACAAACAACCUUGUUUGUAUUUAAUUGUACAAAAAAAUACUUUCUCUCAAUAGUAGGUAAUUAAAUUAGAUUUUUUUAACUUUGUAUGCUGUGUUUAGGUGGUGCAAUAAGUGAUAUUGUGAGAGUGAUAUACAAAUAAAUAAAAUGUUAAAUGAUAAAAA